AUGUUGCAGCGUGAAUUAGUUCAUUGCUCACAUUAUAUACUUGCUUCGAAGAGAAACUCUGUCGCAUUGUCUGCACUGCAUAGUUCGUUCUUCCCAGCAGAAGUUAGUUCAGAAUCAGCUACGACCUCCCUUAAAGGCUAUACAGAUGGUUACAAAUCAGGCAGCGAAGCCAUCCAAAGAUCAGAUGACAUAACAGUCGACAGCACAGUUGCUGGUAAACGGUUUAUAAAAUUUCGCAUGUCAAUGGACAAUGACAGAAAGAUGGAUGACAGCUCUUCCUCACAACAGAUUUCUAUGCAAAAACCUGGGGAGAGGGUAUCUCUUUCUGGGAAGACAAUCCCAAAUAGGCCUUCAUCUGUUGUGUCUUGCAACCUUUCAGAUGAUGGGGAGAAGCCAUCAAAUUAUCGGAAGCAUACGGAAACCUUUGAAAAGGAGCUUGUAAUGACAUCUGAUCAAGCAUCUAUGAAGAAUCAGCGAUUACCUAAAGGUUUUGUUUAUGUGCCAAUCCAAUGCCUUUUGAAGGAGAAGGAAACUAUUCCGGAUGAAUGUUCUGAAGGACCAUCAUAACGUCAUUGGUAGACCUGGUGGGGCAUCUCCUGUUGGGAUUUCUGUCAUCCCAUCAAAGGCUGUCCUGGAUAAAUAUUUUCUGCCUGUGCUCUGCUGCAUUGUUGUGAUUGGAAAAAAGAAUGGUGCAUUUAAUACCAAGAUAAGGUCUCUGCCCAGCCAGUGCAUCCCUAUUAUCGGUAAUUCUGAUUAGGGUAAAGAAGUUAUGGCAUCAUUGUUGUAUAUUCAUUGUGAGAGAGAAGACUGUACAGUUGGUUAGGUUUUUCCCAUUGUUGUAUAUCUGAAGGGCUGGAAUUGCUUCUCUCUUUUGUUUUUUCUUUUUGUUUUCCCCCUCAGGUGAUUGGGUGAAACAGAAGCUCAGCUUCUUGUAAUCGUACACCAGAGUUAGGUGUUGCCUACUGUGCAGGCCCCGUAAAGUUAAUGUAUAUACAGUGUCAACGCUCAAAGCAAAUUGGUGCAGAAUCAGAUAGAUAAAAGAGCAUUUAAUUUAGCUGUCAAAAUGGUAGCAGAUUGAUUGGUCUUGCUCAGCUUUUAGUUUUUUGCGCUUUAUGGAUUCACUUACUUGUUUAUGUAGAAAGUGUAUAAUUUUGAUAGUUCUCCCUGACCGAAGCUUCCGCUGUGCCUCUUUCUGGUA